AUGCUGCCGGUAACACUAUGGCUUUUCCUCCUUUCUCUCAUCGCGGCGCUGGCUCGCGCACAGGGCCCCGUCCAGUCCUUCUUCCCCGCCGCCGUCCCGCUCUCCGUCCGCUCUCCCUACCUCUCCGUCUGGCUCAACACCCAAAGUACCUCCCCACCGGCUUCUGACUCAUGGCCCGCCUUCCAAGCCACUGGCGGCAUAUACGGCUGGGCAGGCAAAAUCCGGGUCGAUGGCACUGCAUACGCAUGGCUGGGAGCGGACCGCAUUCCCGCAAACCAGUCCAUCGUGAACAACGUCCAGAUCACCCCCACGCGUACCAUCUAUGUUAUGCAGGCUGGCCCAAUGAAUGUCACCGUCACCUUCCUUUCUCCCAUCGAGCCUGACGACUGGGUCAGACAGUCGAUGCCCUUCUCGUACGUUGCCGUCGACGCGGUAUCGACUGACGGAAAUGCACACAGUGUACAAGUCUACUGUGACAUCAGUGCCGAAUGGGUGUCGGGAAAUCGAAGCAGCCUGGUCAAAUGGAAUAACCAGAUCACCGCAUCCAGCGUCUUCCACCAGAUUGAGCUUCAGGAUCCUCAGGCCAAUGUUGAGAACUCAAAUCAGGCGCAGGAUGGCACGGCGUACAUUGCCAUGGCGUCGAGACCGGGCCUUACAUGGCAGAUCGACACCGACACGACAACCCGAACACAGUUCGCAACCGCUGGUGCUCUUCCGAACACCAUGUCGACCGCCUUCGCCUCCAUUUCUCCCGUGUUCUCCGUGUUCGCGAUCUCGGUCGACCUGGGCACCCUCACGUCCUUCUCAUCACCCGUGUCGUGGACCGUCGGUUACGUGCGCGACCCCGUGGUGCAGUUCACAAACUUCGACGGAAGCACAGAGAACCGCCGGCCCUACUACGUCACCCAAUACUCGGACGUCGGUUCCCUGAUCGACGCGUUCACGGGAGAUUACGCGAACGCGCUAUCGCGCGCGGAAGCGCUCGACCAGAAGAUCAUGGCCGAUGCUGCGCAGGUGAGCCAGCACUACGUCGACCUCGUGUCGCUCUCCGCGCGGCAGACUGUUGGCUCCAUCGACAUCACUGUCGGGGUCGACAGCUCGAAGAAGCCCGACCCGACGGACGUCAAGAUCUUCAUGAAGGACGUCGGCACCUCACGGCGCGUCAACCCAGUCGAGAACAUGUACGCCGCGUUCCCGACGUUCUUGUACUUGAAUGCGUCGCUGGGGGCACAGAUGCUCGCUCCUCUUCUUGAGGUCAAGACAGACAUUGGGUUGAACUACCCCAUUGCCUCAGGCACGCGUGGGGCUCACCAACAGGGCAUUGAACAGUCUAGCAAUAUGCUGAUCAUGAUGCUCGCGCAAGCACGGACAUCGGGUGACGGCACGCUCCUUGGUAAACACUACAACCUCACGAUGCGGUGGGCGGACUAUCUCGUCAACAACACGCUCACGUUUUCCAACCAGGCCUCGGCUGAUGGCGAGACUAGUGCGAACAUGACCAACCUCGCCAUCAAAGGAAUCAUCGCCGUGAAGGCCAUGGCGGAGAUCAGCCGCGCUGUUGGCAAGAGCGUUGAUGCUCAGACUUACGAUGCCCACGCGUCUGCACUCGUGAACUCAUGGCAGUCUCUCGCGGCGUCCUCUGACCAAGGGCACCUCCUCGGUCUAUACUCCAACCAACAGUCUUGGGCGUUGCUGUACAACAUCUAUGCCGAUCGCCUGCUCGGUACCGGUCUCGUCUCUUCUGCAGUCUUGGAUGGUCAAACACAGUUCUACAACCAGCUUUUGCCACAAGCCCCUGCCUUCGGCCUGCCUAUCGACAGCACAGCUGGGUCGACGAGUAGCAUGGCGUGGACCCUCUUCACGGCCGCGACGGUGACAGACACAGGGGUGCGCAACCAGUUCAUCCAGGGUGCUUGGGCUCGCGCGAACUCCAACGCCACUGCGGGUGCGCUCCCGGAUGAUUACGACGACAACUCGGGGCGAAUCCUCAAUGGUCCCGCAGGCCCCGCUGUCGGCGCUAUGUUCGCACCUCUCGCGCUCAACAUCAGUAAUGUGACGAUCACCGUUCCUGCUUCCUCGACUGCUCCGACCGGGGCUGCCUCUUCCUCGAAUCUCGGGCCAAUCAUUGGCGGUGCCGCAGGAGGCGUCGCAGUUCUCGCGAUCGCAUCGGUGGAUUCUUUUUCAUUCGCCGGCGUCGCCGCAACAUGCGCGAAGACGACAACGAACGCAUCGACUUCAUGGACGGCCACGCCCAUAACGUCCAGCCCUUCUACUACGACAAUGGACGCGGUUGGCACAGGGCCAACAGAUGGCACAGUACGGCGCCGGGUCCGGACAGACCCAGUCGCACGGUGGGCCGUUCCAGGACCCCCGCAGCAACCGCGCUCGGAUUACUCUGCCAACAACACAUUCCCGAACCCACACUCGCCCACGAUGAGCACAAGCACGCGCUUCACGACGAACCACGCAGGCGUCGGCGCGACUGCCGCCGCCGGCGCGACGGGCGCGGCGCCUACGCCGCUCUGCACUCGCCCUCUCAGUCCCGCACCACCGAGGACGUCACUGCCAUCUCCUCGGCGAACCCGGAGCGUGUCGGGCUCGUCCGACGCGCGUUCGCAGGCGCCCACGGCGUCGAGCCGCGAGCCGCUGUCGAUAGGCCCGACGAGCAUGAGCGGACAGUCGGUGGUGAGCCCGACGGACGUGCUCGGCCUGCGCGCGGAGGUGGAGAACCUGCGGAGGGUGAUGCAGGAGAUUCGGGCGGAACGAAUGGAGCCGCCACCGGAGUACGCGUGA